CUUAGUGCUAGUCUCAGUCGCGAUCUCAGUCUCAUUCCUACUCGAUCCGCUGCUCGUCUGAAAUCGCAGCGGCUUUAGGCUGUAUCGUAUCUGAUCGAUCCGGUCCGGCAUGGGAAGUUUCCCAGCUCUACUUGUUGUUGUCGGCUCGCUGGCAUUGGGCGCGAAUGCUCAACUCCCCCUGAAUUGCGUGUCGAAAGUCCCGAGUGGCCGGGUCACCGGUCACUGCAUUUCGAUCCGAGACUGUGACUUCUUUAUGCGGAUCCUGGUCUCCAGCAAUCUGACCCAAAACGAUCGCAGUCUGCUCCGCGAGAAUCAGUGCGGGUUGCGGGGCAGCGACGUUCAGGUCUGCUGCCCCAGCACCGCCGGUUUGGGAGCCUUGACCCACCCACUGCUGCCCAGGGAUUGUGGAUCGGUUCGCUGGCAGCGUUCGAAUGACACGGAGACGCGGAUCAGGGAGUUUCCCUGGCUGGCCCUUAUCGAGUACACCCGGGGCAAUCAAGAGAAGAUCCAUGCCUGUGGUGGCGUGCUUAUCAGCGAUCGCUAUGUGCUGACUGCUGCCCACUGUGUGGCUCAGGCGGCGGCCAGCAAUCUGCAGAUUACAGCGGUUCGCCUGGGCGAAUGGGACACCAGCACGAAUCCGGACUGCCAGUUCCACAAGGACACCCAGGUGGCGGACUGUGCCCCGGCCUAUCAGGACAUAGCCGUGGAGGAGUUGCUGCCCCAUCCUCGGUACAGCCGAACCGACCGGACGCAGGUCAACGACAUCGCCCUCGUCCGUCUGGCAAGUCCUGCGCAAUUGAACGACUUUGUGUUGCCCAUUUGCCUGCCCAACAAGCAGCUGCGAGCGGACGAACUGGAGGGCCUGGAAACCGAAGUGGCCGGUUGGCAGGCCCUGACCUCGCCGCGCAUGCGCAAAAGCUAUGUGACCAUCAGCUCCAUCAAGGAGUGCCAGCGGAAGUACGCCGACCAGCAGUUGGGCAUCCAGGCCUCCCAGCUCUGUGGGUUGGCUAACUCCAAGGAGUGCCACGGCAACGCCGGCGGACCCCUGAUGCUGUUCAAAAACGACGGCUACCUACUGGGCGGACUGGUGUCCUUCGGACCAGUGCCCUGCCCCAAUCCCGACUGGCCGGACGUCUACACGCGUGUGGCCUCCUACAUCGAUUGGAUUCACGACAGCCUGAGGGCCUAGAACUGGUCUUGGUGUUGAAUAUAUUUUCAGUAGAUGUUUGGUGCCAAAAACGUAAUUGGCUAAAAAGAAAAGGAUUCAAUUAAAUUCCAUAUUUUUGACCCAUUACAUAAUUUGAAA